GCGUGCGUGCACCGCACCGUCCGAACCACGGAACCGCCGCGCGCGCGCGUUUUGUAAUUCAGUUUGGUAACGUGGCAUCCCCCGGACAGGUAUACCUGCGCUGUCCGUCUCGUCGUUAGUAAUUCGUAUGAUUCCGACCCCCGACGAAGCGAGGGGAUUUGAAAAAAAAUAAAAAGAAGUAAAAUAGAAAAAAUUUAGUGGGUUCGCGUCCCCCUACCGCGCGAGGUUUUGUUUACGCGUGUCCGUGUGUGCGUGUGUUUUGUGCGGUGUGCGUGCUGCUCGGUCGUACGCGCCUGCGUGUGUGUGUGUGUGUGUGUACGAUAUAUAUAUAUUAUACAUAGGUAUCUUAUUGUUAUUGUGCGCGUGUGUGCGAGGUUUGCCGGAUCGUCGCGCCAGUGCGAAAUUUUUGAAAAAUACCCGUUUUUUUUUUUCUGUUUUUGUGGUGCCUCCAUCCGUGGCCACCGUCCGGGAUUUUGAGAGUUUCGCGAGUUUGGUUUCAUUUUUUUUCUUUUUCUUUUUCUUUUUUUUUUUUUUUUUUUAUACCUCUAACCGACUAUCGGCCUCGCGCUCGCGUUCGGUUGCGGUGAAAUUUUCGGUGGUUCGGUCUAUUCGGUGUCCGAUUUGUUCGCAUUAUUAAAUUUGUUCUGUUUGUUUAUCAAUCGAAUGCCGCCGGCGGCCCGAGUGAUCCGAGCACAUUAAAUAUUAUUAAUAAUAAUAAUAAGUAUCACGCGCUCCGCGCCGGUGUCAAUAACCGACAAGUGGGACAUCGCGCGUCAGCAAAGAAGUUUCUCCUUUUUACGGAGAGAGACAUUCUACGCUGCGUGUACCGGUCUGCAAAACGGUCAGUGUACACGAAUUUUAUGUUUGCAUUCUUCUGAACUGACAAAAUGGUACCGGGGUGGUUAGGCCUUAUCGACGACCAACUACCCAUCUCGGGAGUCAGCUGCGAUGUCUCUAUCAUGCGGAGGACGGCCCCGGUCGGCUAUUUCAUAUAAAUCAUGAAGAGACGACAUUUAGAGGCCUAAUGGAAUGAAGGAAUCUACAGGCUUUUUCGGCGACCCGUUACCGACGUCGGGCGAAACAGGCACAGAACUGACGGUUCGGGAGCUGGAAGAGAUGGCGUGCCGGCAACAGCAUCAGAUCGAGUCGCAGCGGCAGCUGUUGGCUGCCAAAGAGCAGCGGCUCCGCUACCUGAAACAACACGAUACCAAGCACCAUCAGGUGGCGGCGGAGCACGAGAGGCUCCGCCGCCUCCGGGAUCGGGUCGAGGCUCAGGAACAAAAGCUCCGCAAGCUCCGGGCGCUCAGAGGUCAAGUGGAUCAGACUAAACUCAACAACGCUACACUCACUUCUGAUCUGGAAUCGAUUCGUGCCUUGUUUAAUGAAAAAGAAAAAGAACUUACAAUGGCUGUGGCUAAAGUGGACGAAUUAACUAGACAACUUGAAGACGUCCAUAAAGGACGAGGUCAUGCACAGCCUACGUCUCCGGCUUCCAUAGAACUUGACAAACUACGAGCUGAGUUAUUAUAUCGAAACAAAUUAGGAGAACAGCAAACUGCUAGGCUAGUACAACAACGUGAAGUUCUUUCCAAAAGACAAGAGGAAAUGGCAUCUAUUGAUCGGCGAAUAUCCGAACUACAAGCUAGGUUACACAGGAAGAGGUUGCUCAACCAACAGCUUGCCAAUCAAAUCCAGGCAAAUAAACCAGGCCAUAAUAAUAGAUCUCUGGGCGGUCUGGGUAAACAAAUGAUGCCGUUGUGCGAUGGUAAAAUGAAUGGUGGUGGUGGCAAUGUUGCAGCCAUUGAGCCGUUUAAUCAUAUACCGGACGCGAUGAGCAAAAAUUCAAUGUUACGCAAGUCCGAAGAUAACAUUCUUAGUCAUGCCACGGUCAACGGCGACCCACAGUCAUAUGGUGGACGGUCCAGUAGGCCUGAGCAAAAAUCAAUGUCUCAGCAGCCUCUGGUCCAGAAACCGAUGAUGGACCCAUACCAACAACAAUACCCACCGUCAAAUAACAAUUACAAAAUUGAACAACAGACAAACGGUAACCCAGGUGAUCUCGCAUAUUUUGGGGGUAGCAAGUUUGACCCUAAAUACCAGACAUUACCCUACAAUACCAAAUUUUCACCAUUGGCCAACUUCAGUGGAAAUCAAUCGGCGAUCCAACAGCAUCAACAUCAGCAACAACAGCAACAACAUCAUCAUCAUCACCAACAACAACAUAACCAACAGCAACAGAACCAGCAGCAGCAACAACAACAGAACCAGCAUCAACAGUGGUUUGGUCAACACGAAGAUAUGGCUGACGACAUUAAUAGAGACCUAGUCAAUAAUAACACCAACUGCUAUGGAGCCGAUCAAAAAAUUAACGGAACGGCUCAAAAUAAAAAGUCAGUUUUGGCCGGCCAAGUUUUAACAAACCUGGGUCAAAAUUUACAAAUGCAGAGUUCUAGCAGACCUAUAAACGCUCAAGUAUAUCACACGAAACCACUCUCGUCGUCCAAUCAUGUUUCUCAAAGGCCUUUAAACUAUUCAAUACACCAUCCUCCGGUUCUAGUGACUAGAAGCCAACCAGUCGGCGGAACCGGGAUAAUAAAUCAUCAGAAACCGACAAGCAGUGUGUCGCCCAUUUAUCAAACGUCUUCGACCAAGGUACAGCCGGUGCAGCCUCAAGUAUUAAAUUCCAUGGCAACGAACCAAGUGGUUUCUAAAGAAUCAAAACAACCGAUUAGGGUAGCGGUAGAGUCUGAACAACCGGUUGGUACGGACCGGGCUGGCAGCCCUCCGACCGUCGGAAAACCGGCGUUACCCCCCAAACCUCCUCCACCACUUGUCAAGACUUGUACGCCUCCACCGCCACCGAGGCAAAACGCUUACCAUCACCACAUAUCUCAGUAUCACCAACCAGACCCGUUGUCGGAAGACGGGGGUCUAGGAGGAGCUAGCAGUGGCCGCACGUACUAUACCGACUCCAGACCAGCGCCACUUCAAAAAGACUUGACGCCUCCCCCGCCGCGGAUACCCAACGGUGGCAUUGCUGGAGCGUCAAUCAAGCCUGGCUUUGGAAACGUGGUGGAUUCGUCAGAGUCCGACAACUCGUCAAGUUCAGCAUCCAUGCGAUCAACGUUCGGUAGCAAUGUCAAAAGUGGUGAACAUCUGUUGGAUAGCGUGCGGUCUGUGAACAUAUCAACUACUAAAGGAACACCUCCCCCUCCACCUCCACCACCACCAUUACAACCACAACAGUCGUCUAUUACGGUAGCUGCGUCUCCAAUCGAAUCAAAGGAUCAGCAACAACAGCAGCCACCAUCCCACGAAGCAAAACUCUCCUCUAGACUGCCAUCACUCUUGCUCAGCCGAACCACUUCUUAUCCAGUGACAGAUAUCGUUGGGAGCGAGAGCAAAGUCAACAAUAACCACCAUCAUCUUAUCCAUCAUCACAAUAACAUUAACAAUAACCAUCAGACAGUGCAACACCGAAUCUCCGUCGCACCACCUCAACAGCAGCAGCAGCAGCAGCAGCAACAACAACAACAACAACAACAACAACAACAACAACAACAACAACAACCAGCACAGAUUCCGUCAGUUAUUGGUACUUCCACCACUACCACCUCAUCAACUGUCAGGCAACUAGAUCCUCAGGCUGCAGCGACCGAUGAAACGGACAGAGCACGAGCAGUUAGUGUCGCCCAGCGCAUUGACGAACUGGAGACACGUUUUGGUGGUGGAGGCAACAACAUAGGUGUUGUUGGAUGUGGUGGGUCUUCGUCCACUGACGAUACCAGUAAUAGCAACCACAGUUCUUCAUCGCCGGACUCUGGCCAAGACUCGGGCAGAGACGACAUAUCCGUAGAGUGCAGGAACAGGUUGAUUGUACGGAAAAAAGGCAAUCUCAAGGAGUCGGGCGGAAGUAUCGGUCAUAAGCGACGGGUAUCAUUCGACCCGCUUGCAUUGCUGCUAGACGCCUCGUUGGAGGGUGAACUCGAGCUGGUUAUGCGAACCGCUGAACAAGUGGGAGAUCCCAGCGCAGCCAAUGAUGAAGGAAUAACUGCGCUACACAAUGCCAUAUGCGCCGGCCAUAUAGACAUUGUUAAGUUUUUAGUUAAGUUUGGUUGUGAUGUAAACGCCCAAGAUUCCGACGGAUGGACGCCAUUACACUGUGCCGCCAGCUGUAACAACCUCGCCAUGGUCCGAUUUCUAGUGGAGCACGGGGCGUGCAUAUUUGCCACCACGUUGUCAGACCAGGAGACAGCCGCCGAAAAAUGCGAGGAGGACGAAGAGGGUUUUGACGGGUGUUCAGAGUUUCUUUAUAGUGUCCAAGAAAAGUUAGGCAUAAUGAACAACGGUGUAGUGUAUGCAGUUUUCGGGUAUGAGGCGCACAACCAGGAUGAGUUAACUUUCGAUGAUGGCGACCGGAUUGUCGUACUACGGAAAGGCGACGACACGGAAAGAGAAUGGUGGUGGUCGAGGAUUGACGACCGCGAAGGAUACGUGCCACGAAAUUUACUUGGGCUUUACCCGAGAGUGAUCGGUGGCAAAAAAUCGGUGACCGAAUGACAAUCCGCUUUAGUGGCAACGGCGAUAUCACCCGUCAAGAAGCUGAUCGAUUCUUGGGUCCCCCCAAAAUCAUAUCAUACAACGAUAUCAUUCUUAUUGUGUUAGACUUUCUCAUAUCUAUAACGUUAUUAUAUAUAUUAUAUAUAUUAU